AUGCCGCGCAAAGCGAUUGACUCGCGCAUCCCCGCCCUCAUUCGAAAUGGCGUGCAGGAGAAGAAGCGCAGUUUCUUCGUUGUGGUGGGCGACCGCGCCAAGGAUGUCAUCGUGCAUCUUCACUACAUUAUGUCCAGCGUGGACGUGAAGCAGAACAAGUCCGUGUUGUGGGCAUACAAGAAGGAUCUGCUGGGCUUCACGAGUCACCGGAAGAAGCGCGAAGCAAAGAUCAAGAAGGAAGUCAAGCGUGGUAUCCGCGAGCCGAACCAGGAGGACCCCUUCGAACUAUUCAUCACCCUCAACCAGAUUCGCUAUGUGUACUACAAGGAGACGGAGAAGAUUUUGGGUAACACCUACGGCAUGUGUAUUUUGCAGGACUUCGAGGCCAUGACUCCGAACCUGUUGGCGCGCACUAUCGAGACGGUCGAGGGAGGCGGUAUGGUGGUUCUGCUGCUGAAGAGCAUGAACAGCUUGAAGCAGCUGUACACCAUGUCCAUGGAUAUUCACUCGCGAUACCGGACGGAGGCCCACGAAGAUGUGGUGGCCCGUUUCAAUGAGCGCUUCAUCCUGUCUUUGGGAAGCUGUGAUUCUUGUUUGGUUGUCGACGAUGAGUUGAACGUGCUGCCCAUCUCCGGCGGCAAGGAUGUCAAGCCGCUUCCUCCCCCGGAAUCCACCGAUGAGUCAAAGUCCGGCCCCAAGAAGGAGUUAAAGGAAAUCAAGGAGAGCUUAGCAGAGGCGCAGCCUAUCGGACCGUUGGUGAACCUAGCUCGCACUGUGGACCAGGCAAAGGCUCUUCUGACUUUCGCCGAUGCAAUUGCGGAGAAAACCCUGAAGAGCACGGUUACUCUGACCGCAGGCCGUGGACGAGGAAAGUCAGCCGCCCUGGGUGUUGCCAUUACUGCAGCUAUUGCACACGGAUACAGCAAUAUCUUCAUCACCUCCCCGAGUCCCGAGAACUUGAAGACACUCUUCGAGUUCGUGUUCAAGGGCUUCGAUGCGCUCGGUUACCUCGACCAUGUCGACUACACAAUCCUGCAGUCGACCAACCCUGACUUCAAUAAGGCCAUUGUGAGAGUCAACAUUCACCGCCAGCACCGUCAAACUAUUCAGUACAUCCAGCCCCAAGAUGCGCACGUCCUGGGACAGGCAGAGCUCUUGGUCAUUGAUGAGGCGGCCGCUAUCCCUCUUCCGCUGGUGCGGAAGCUGUUGGGCCCUUACCUGGUGUUCAUGGCAUCCACCAUCAAUGGUUACGAAGGAACCGGUCGAUCCUUGUCUUUGAAGCUCAUCCAGCAGCUUCGGGAACAGUCUCGAGGUGGUGUAAAGACCGAUGACACUGACGUUGCAGACCGCAGCACUGGUAAGGCCGCCAAAAGUACAGACAAGAAUCUCGGUGGUCGAUCCCUCCGCGAGAUCACCCUCGCAGAGCCUAUUCGUUAUGCCCCUGGUGAUUCCGUUGAGAAGUGGUUGAACAAGGUCCUCUGUCUCGAUGCCACACUACCCAAGUCUCGCAUGAACACCCAGGGUUGCCCGCACCCCUCGAAGUGCCAGCUGCUCCAGGUCAACCGUGACACUCUUUUCUCUUUCCACCCAGUUUCGGAGAAGUUCUUGCAGCAGAUGAUGGCGCUUUAUGUUGCCAGUCACUACAAGAACACUCCUAACGACCUCCAGCUCAUGAGCGAUGCCCCCGCACACCAGCUUUACGUGCUUGUUCCUCCAAUUGACGAAGAGGCCACCAAGCUGCCGGAGCCCCUCUGUGUAAUUCAAGUUGCUCUGGAGGGUCGCAUCAGCAAACAAAGUGUUCUCAACAGCCUGAGCCGUGGUCAGCGAGCUGGUGGUGACCUGAUCCCCUGGCUGGUCAGCCAGCAGUUCCAGGAUGAGGACUUUGCCGGUCUCUCGGGCGCUCGAGUCGUCCGCAUCGCGACCAAUCCUGAGUACGUGGGUAUGGGCUACGGUUCGCGUGCUUUGGAGCUUCUGGUCGACUUCUUCGAGGGCAAGUUCACCAGCCUGGAUGAGGAUAUGAUUGCUCCCCAGGACGAGAUGGUUCGUGUGACAGACGAGGAGCUUACGAACUCGAAUCUUCUGGAUGACAAUGUCCACGUUCGUGACAUUCGCACCAUGCCUCCGCUGUUCGGUAAAUUGACCGAGCGUCGUCCGGAUGCCCUCGACUACGUUGGUGUCAGCUAUGGCUUGACCCCGCCCCUCCACAAGUUCUGGAAGCGCUCUUUUUUCGUCCCGGUCUACCUUCGUCAGACUCCCAACGAAUUGACCGGCGAGCACUCCUGCGUGAUGCUUCGCACCCUGGCUGCUGGUUCCAACGAUGCCGCCUGGCUGGGCGCUUUCGCACGGGACUUCCACCGCCGAUUCCUUUCUUUGCUGUCCUACCAGUUCCGCGAAUUCCCCUCGGUUCUUUCUCUGAGCAUCUGCGAGUCCGCCAACGCUGGUGCCAAGCUGGAUUCGUCCGUUGCGCCGCGCGUCCUCAAGAAGGCCGAUCUUGACGCUACAUUCUCGCCCUUCGACUUGAAGCGUCUAGACAGCUACGCCAACAACCUGCUGGAUUACCACGUUAUCCUGGAUAUGGUUCCCAUCAUCUCUGAAUACUACUUUGCCAACCGUCUCGCUGGCAAGGUGAGCCUCUCUGGUGUCCAGCAGUCCAUUCUCCUCGCCAUCGGCUCCCAGCGCAAGAGUCUGGACGCCCUGGAGAAGGAGCUGAGCUUGCCAUCUUCCCAGCUUCUCGCCAUGUUCCUCAAGAUCAUCCGCAAGGUCUCCACCCACUUCCGUGGCCUUGUCGAGGGUGCCGUGGCGGACACCAUGCCUGCAGAGCAGAUUCCUUCUGGCCCCUCUGGCGGUGCUCACGAUGACGUGACCGAGGACCGCUUCAAGCCUCUUGAUACUGGCUUGGAGGAGGAACUUCGCGAGGGAGGCCAACAGGUCGACGAGGAGAUGCGCGAGAAGCAGCGCGCCCUGAUCGAUGCUCUUCCCCUGGACAAAUACGCAAUUGACAACGGUUCCGCAUCCUGGGAGGAUGCUGAGAAACAGAUCCGUGGCGGUGGAGCUAACACCGUCAGCGUGAAGACGAAGUCAUCGAAGCGCAAGAAGGGUGAGACUGCGCGCGAGAUCUUCGACAAGGAGGUCGACUCCAAGAGACAGAAGAUGAUCAAGAAGGGCACUGAGGGCCGCAAAAAAUAG